GUCACUAGCAGUCCAGUGUUCUCUCUUCCCUCACCACUCGCGAGAUCUCUCUCUCCGUCUGUCGGUGUUGUGCAGCCAAAGCUCUGUGCACAAGCAGAUCCACCGAGUUGAACUCAGCUCCGGCAAUGUCGCGGUCUUCGUCGACGAAGCCAAUCAGAGCUUCUUCACUGCUGACGCUACUUUGCGUAUUUCUGCUUCGGUACUCGGAAGCUUCAGUACAUGACUACACAGGCGAGAAAUUCGCGAGCAAAGGCAAUGCAUUCGUGGUCUAUGGAGGCAGCGAAGGCAUUUACUCUUCCGUUCCCAACCGCAACGAGUCUUCUCCUCUAUCUUCCAACGGCGAUGCUUUCAUUCGCUUUGAGAAGAUUAUAUUCCGGAGGCCCAGAGAGUUUUCAAAUUUCAGCUCGGGGUCCAUUUAUGCAAUAGUUUUUGAGGUGGAUGAGAGAGAGAUGAUUGGGGGCUCAGCUUAUGGGGGGCAAAGAGCUGUUUGUUGCACAGCAGAUCUUGCCAAACUUGGGGUGUGUAAUCAAGGGGAAAUAAUUCACCGUCCAUCUACUGAACAUCCUGGUUGGCCUCAGGUGUUUGGUGUUUCAUUUGAUGUUGAUAAGGAUGACACUGCACUGGAGCCAAGAGAAAUACAAAUUACAAAAACUGGAAUGUAUAAUUUGUAUUUUAUUCAUUGCGAUCUGAAUCUUAAGGAAGUUGUUGUUGAAGGAAAAACCAUAUGGAAAAACCCUACUGGUUACCUACCUGGUAGAAUGGCACCACUCAUGAACUUCUAUGGGCUCAUGUCUCUUGCAUUCGUGUUACUUGGUGUCUUUUGGUUUUCACAGUAUGCGAGAUUCUGGAGAGAAGUUCUAACUUUGCAAAAUUGUAUUACUCUAGUAAUAACAUUGGGCAUGUGUGAGAUGGCCUUGUGGUAUUUUGAUUAUCUUGAGUUUAAUGAAACAGGAGUCAGACCAACUGGGAUCACUGUGUGGGCUGUCACCUUUGGCACUGUGAAGCGCACUAUUUCACGUUUAAUCAUUCUGAUGGUUUCUAUGGGUUAUGGUGUUGUCAGACCUACCCUAGGUGGUAUUACAUCUAAAGUUCUUAUGCUCGGAGGAACUUUCUUUAUAGCAUCUGAGGUGCUUGAGAUAGUAGAAAAUGUUGGUGCAAUAAGUGAUCUAUCUGGAAAGGCGAGAUUGUUUUUUGUACUUCCUGUUGCAUUUUUGGAUGCUUUCUUCAUCCUUUGGAUAUUCAGUGCCCUCUCUUCAACAUUAAAUAAGCUUCAGGCUAGAAGAUUGACAGCAAAGUUAGACAUUUACCGCAAGUUCACAAAUGCAUUGGCAGUAGCUGUUAUUGUAUCUAUUGGUUGGAUAUGCUAUGAGAUUUACUUUAAGUCCACUGAUGUCUACAAUGAGCGAUGGCAAAAUGCAUGGAUCAUCCCUGCUUUCUGGCAAGUUUUGUCUUUCUCUCUUCUCUGUGUCAUCUGUGCCCUUUGGGCACCAUCACAGAGCUCAACGAGGUACGCUUAUUCAGGGGAUGGUAGUGAAGAUUUUGACAAGGACGACACUCUGACACUCAUAAAGCCUUCACCUCUGCCCUCGAAGGAAGUACGAACUCCAUCUGAAGUAAAACCAACGUUGGGUGGCAGCGGGAAUGGUGAUGUGGAAGAAGACAAGACGGAGUAAAGCAAAACGCAUCAAUUUUGUAUAGAGUCUUACAAGCAGAGGUGAGGUGGGAUGAGUUUGAAUUUAUUAGAAUCGUGUAUGUUGCUAGUUUCUUGUUUGUUGUACCUUCUAGUUCUAUUUUAUCUUUGUUUCACUUUCACAUAUUUGUAUUACUACAAUUGGUGGACUCAUAGGAAAAAUAGCUUAAUGUUAUGGUUAUGAUGUCCGUGUCUGCGAUGGGAACAAAUAAAUAUAUCUGCAGACACUCUUUUCCUUCUUUAGUAUACCAGAACUCUUUCUUUUCAAA